AAUGUCAAUUACCCUGCGUCUCCUCGCCGUGGACGGACAGCAUUGCAGCUUGCGACAGAGAAAGGAAACAUUGAGUUAGUGGACAUGCUACUAGAAGCAGGAGCAGGUGUAAAUCAAGAACCGGCUGAAGAAGGAGGAGCCACAGCGUUGCAGCUAGCCGCUAUUCAAGGAUACAUUGGAAUAGCCCGCAAGCUGCUAGACAGCGGCGUGGAUGUUAAUGCAGCUAAAUCCCCUUACUGGGGGAGGACCGCGCUGGAGGGUGCUGCAGAGCAUGGCCGCCUUGAUAUGCUCCAGCUACUUCUCCACAAAGGAGCGUCAAUUCAGGGACCAGGCAGAUGCCAGUACAUCAGAGCGAUAAAGCUUGGAGAGAGGUAUACACACUACGCCGCAACAAAGCUCCUUCGG